AUGAGCGCAGUGAUAGCAAACCCACCCCCUCUUGUGAUUGAGGGCACCAAGGAAGAAUUGAAGAAGAUUGGAGAAAGAAUCCGUAAGAAUAUUCAAACUGGUUACCAUGUCCCAUUUGAUGUCUCAAAGAUUUAUGUGAAGAGGCAAAAGAAGGAGACGGCAAACAUGUUGGAAUUCCCACCUCUUGUUAUCGAGGGUACUGAGGAGGAGAUAAAGAAGGUUGGACCAAGAGUUCGGAAGAAUAUGCCAACCGGAUAUCAUGUUCCAUUUGACGUUUCGAAGAUUUUCGUUAAGAACCAGAAGGAACAGAGAGAGCUUCCACCUCUUGUCAUCGAGGGUACUAAGGAGGAGAUACAGAAGGUUGGACCAAGAGUUCGGAAGAAUAUGCCAACCGGAUAUCAUGUUCCAUUUGACGUUUCGAAGAUUUUCGUUAAGAACCAGAAGGAACAGAGAGAGCUUCCACCUCUUGUCAUCGAGGGUACUAAGGAGGAGAUACAGAAGGUUGGACCAAGAGUUCGGAAGAAUAUGCCAACCGGAUAUCAUGUUCCGUUUGACGUUUCGAAGAUUUUCGUUAAGAACCAGAAGGAACAGAGAGAGCUUCCACCUCUUGUCAUCGAGGGUACUAAGGAGGAGAUACAGAAGGUUGGACCAAGAGUUCGGAAGAAUAUGCCAACUGGAUACCAUGUUCCGUUUGACGUUUCAAAGAUUUUCGUUGGGGUCCAAGACAAGAUCGAAGAACCAGAGAAACGGACUUCUCUUGAAAGUGAGCCAAAGUUCAAGAGGGUUCCCUUGCCUGCGAAGUUUGGAGACGAGCCUCCUGCUCUUGUUUCGAGUGGCACUUCAUCCAUGACCAUUACUUCCUCAUCUCUUUCAUGUUGGGAGGAGGAAGUCAACAAACCUGAAAACAGGCACAUGCAGACUCUCAACGAGAUUCCUGCCGUUGUUGACAAGAUGGGAAUCAAGCACUCGUUUGCCGAUCUGGAAAUUGUUGAUGAUACGCAGCCUCAACCAAGACAGCUUUCUGAUUAUGUCUCCGAAUAUGGACCGCUACAUUUCAAUGAGGCUUUUUGA